GCACUGUUUACACACAUUCACUGCUAUACUGUAUUACAGUUACAGACUAAUUGUGAUUGUAGUGAACACUCAGUGAUUGUGAUUACAAUGCAAUCGCCACUCAUUGUAACAAUCAAUUGAUGCCAUUGUUUGUGUGAUUCAUCGCAAUAAUACUUUCCGUUUGAUUGCAUUCACUGUUUAUAUAAUUUGUACAUAUUUUGCAUUAUUAUUGCAUUUAUUGAUAUGAUUUGAUAAAUAUAAAUAUCAUUUCAUUUCAAUUAGUGUUUGUUUUGUAAAUAAUAGUCAAAUGAAUAAGAUUUACGAAAAGAGACUUUUACGGACUUUAAGUCCACUGAACCAGCAGUGCCAAGGUGACACCACUAACAUCACCAACUCAUCCACACCCACACCCUCCACACCAUUCAAUUCGCCAAUACACAGGAGUGGUAUGGAGUCAGUGGUGAACAGCACCGAGAGGUACAGCGAUCGGUACACUCCUAUCCGCGAGUCACCCAAUUGGGACAUCAGGUUCACAAUGAUCCAGGACGGCUCGAAGUCAGUGUCGGCCAAGAAGACGGCCAAAGAGUCCAUCUCUGAGAGCAAUAAAGACGGCGUCGCCUACCAGUGUCUCCUCAAGAAUGAACUCUUGGGCGCCGGUAUUGAGGACAUGAAGGAACACACAGAAGAGCGCAAAAUCUUUCUGCCCCUCGAAAGCAAAAAUCUCUUUCGAUAUCGAGUGCGCGAUAGUGACAGUCUGAAUGAGCCGACGAGUCCCUACUCCCUGUCCCCUGUGAGCAGCAAAAGCCAAAAGCUGUUGCGCUCUCCGCGAAAGACGGCCCGAAAAAUAUCGAAAAUUCCGUUCAAAGUAUUGGACGCACCGGAGCUUCAGGACGACUUCUACUUGAAUUUAGUGGACUGGUCCACAACCAACAUAUUGAGCGUGGGUUUAGGCACCUGUGUCUACCUGUGGAGCGCCUGUACUUCUCAAGUGACACGCCUUUGUGAUCUGUCUAGUGAUGGCGAUUCCGUUACAUCUGUCUCAUGGGCUGAAAGAGGACAUUUGGUUGCUGUGGGAACUCAUAGGGGUUUGGUUCAGGUAUGGGAUGUGACGGCAAACAAACGGUUGACAACACUUGAAGGACACACCGCACGUGUCGGUGCAUUGGCCUGGAAUUCAGACACACUAUCGUCAGGAAGUCGUGACCGGCAUAUCCUUCAGCGCGAUGUGAGGGGACCGCCUCAUCAGAGUGAGAGACGUCUUGUGGGCCAUCGCCAAGAGGUUUGUGGUCUGAAGUGGUCGCCGGACAACCAGCACUUGGCGUCGGGAGGGAAUGACAAUCGGCUAUUUGUGUGGAACUCGAGCAGUACGUCACCCGUACAGACCUAUACGGAGCACUUGGCGGCAGUGAAGGCGAUUGCGUGGUCGCCCCACCAUCACGGCCUACUGGCCAGUGGGGGCGGGACUGCUGACCGGUGUAUUCGUUUCUGGAAUACACUGACGGGUCAACCGAUGCAAUGCGUGGACACGGGUUCGCAGGUGUGUAACCUCUCGUGGUCUAAACACGCGUCAGAACUGGUCAGCACUCAUGGCUACUCACAAAAUCAAAUACUUGUUUGGAAGUACCCGUCGCUCGUACAGGUGGCCAAACUCACCGGUCAUUCCUAUCGAGUCUUAUAUUUGGCGAUGUCACCGGACGGGGAGUCCAUAGUGACGGGUGCGGGAGACGAGACGUUGAGGUUUUGGAAUGUCUUCAGUAAGACUCGCUCUCAAAAAGAGGCCAAAUCGGCGUUAAAUCUCUUUUCGAAUCUAAGAAGUGAUUACAACAUGAAUGCAGAAAAGCUGAACAAAUUGUCGUCUCAGGUCAGGAUUGGAGGGAAGGGAACCGCUCGGAGGAAGAAGAAGGUGGUCCACAGGACAGCCACCACUGACGACAAGAAGCUGCAGAACUCUCUGAAGAAACUAACGGUUAACCCGAUUCCCGGCAUUGAGGAAGUGAAUAUGAUCAAGGACGACGGAACAGUGAUCCACUUCAAUAACCCCAAAGUUCAGGCCUCACUGGCGGCCAACACAUUCGCCAUCACCGGUCAGGCGGAGAGCAAACGGAUCGCUGAUAUGGUUCCGGGAAUUCUGAGUCAAUUGAGAGCCGAAAACUUUUCUCAUUUGAAACAAUUAGCGAGCGUUCAGGGCGUCGGUGACGACACCUCUGUCCCCACCAUCGAGGAGGACGACGACGACGUCCCAGAACUGGUCGAGAACUUCGAUGAGGCCGCCAAACAGGACACUAAUUAAGAUUUUUGUGACACUUAUGUAAUGAUUAACUGAUUUUUAUUUAUCUUUUUAUGAUAAACUGAUAAUCGAUCGCAUCGUCUAUUCAAUAGAAAUAGUAGUAAAGAAGACAUUGUUUUUCAAAUGAAUUGAUUUUAAUAACCAUUUAAAUGCAAAUAAUUUACAAACAAAGCGUUGAUUUCUUUCAUUGUUUGUAUUGUAAACUCAAAAACAAAGUAAAAAUUAAUGCUUUUUUCAAUUGAGAAUAAACA